CUUGACUGACGGCUAUCAUGUGUUAUCAGAUAUGGCACUGUUGGUUUUUAUUUUGCAAGUACGCAACUUCUUUGCUGGAUUACUUACCUGGCAAAACUGCAUUUACCUCUAAAGCACUGUCACGUGUUAGAGCAAGUGCCACAAACUAACCAAGACCUCUAACUGCCUCUUGCGGUUGCUGCUGCUGCUGUGCAACCACACAAAUUGACGUCAACGAACGCACUAACCAGUUGAAACCUUGGUGAAUUGAUCACUGAAGAUACGUGUAAGAAUUGUACAGGACUACCGUGACAGCCUACUUUCAAGACGCUGAAUACAUACCCUCAUCUUUAAUGCAAAGUUUGAAUGAAACACACCAGACAUCCACAGCAUGCGCUGUAGCUCACUGAUCGGUACCAUUUACAGAUGAAUCAGAGCUCGGAGCUUUGAAGGAGCUGACUGAAGCGCUCAUCUGAACUAGGUUUGAAUCCAUGCCAAGGCAUUUCACCAGGGAAAUAGUGUCCUAGGAAAGCAGCAUCUCUCUGUGCGGGAUGGAAGCAGCCAAGGGGAGGUGGGUGCCCGAGAGCGGUUCCUCGUCCUCCAAGGCCCAGCCGACCUGCUGUCCAAACCUGAAGAUAUUCCUUGCGGCCUUGUCCUUCGCCUACUUUGCAAAGGCGUUAUCCGGAAGCUACAUGAAGAGCACAAUUACUCAGCUGGAAAGAAGAUUUGACAUCCCCAGUUAUUUAAUCGGCAUCAUUGAUGGCAGCUUUGAAAUAGGUAAUUUGCUAGUGAUCGCCUUUGUGAGUUACUUUGGGGCCAAGCUUCACCGCCCAAAGAUCAUCUCGACUGGCUGUAUCCUGAUGUCACUAGGAACAUUCCUAAUUGCUAUGCCUCAUUUCAUCAUUGGCCGCUACCAGUUUGAGACGUCUGUAAGACCAGCCAUGAACACAUCCAGUUACUGUCCAUCAAGCACACCUGAGCCCCUAAAUACAGGCAGCAGCCCCUCCGUGUUGCCAUCUGUUGGCUGUGAGAAAGAGUCCAGCCUCUCCAUGUGGGUCUACGUCCUCCUGGGAAAUGUGCUGCGGGGCAUCGGCGAGACACCAGUGCAGCCGUUGGGCAUCUCUUACAUCGAUGAUUAUGCCCAUGCUGAUAAUGCAGCUCUCUAUAUAGGCUGUGUGCAGACUAUAGCCAUCAUCGGUCCGGUGUUUGGAUACCUGCUCGGAUCUCUCUGUGCCAAAAUAUACGUGGAUGUCGGAUUUGUUGACAUGGAGACCAUCACAAUCACACCCAGUGAUGCACGGUGGGUGGGCGCCUGGUGGCUGGGCUACCUGAUCGCAGGGGUCAUCACCCUGGCCUCCGCUGUGCCCUUCUGGUUCCUGCCCAGGGCUCUGCCAUCCCCGGAGGACCGGCGAGGCGACGAGAGCCCCCUGGAGCAGGCGAGCUUCCUGAAAGAUGCCCCCACCAUCAAGCACAAGUACAUGCCAGAGGAGCUGGCCAACUUCCAUGACAUGGCCAAAGAAUUCCUCCCCACCGUGAAGAGCCUGCUUGGUAAUCCUCUGUAUUUCACAUAUCUCUGUGUGGCCAUCAUUCAGUUCAACUCACUCAUCGGCAUGGUCACGUACAAGCCCAAAUACAUCGAGCAGCAUUACGGCCAGUCCGCCUCCAAGGCCAACUUCCUAAUGGGCAUCAUCAACAUCCCCGCCGUGGCCCUGGGAAUGUUCCUGGGAGGCGUGAUCAUGAAGAAAUUCAAGUUUGGCAUCAUGGCUGCCGCCAAGUUCGCCUUCGGGACCUCACUGCUGGGCUACUUCCUCUCCCUGUUCUUCUUUGCCAUGGGCUGUGAGAAUGCCAAAGUGAUGGGCAUUACGGUGUCAUACUCUGGCGAGGAUAUGUUGUCUUACAACGAGAGUUCUUUGUUCGCCAACUGCAACUUGGCUUGCAUGUGCUCCGGAAAGGACUGGGAUCCAGUGUGUGGGGACGACGGCAUCACUUACGUCAGCCCCUGCCUGGCAGGCUGCACCGCCUCCAAUGGAUCUGGGAAGGAAACGGUCAGUGUUUGGAACUGCAAAUGCAUAGGCGCUGCUGAACCAGGCCCCCAGACCGGCAACCUGACAGCCAUUUUGGGCCAAUGCCCCCACCGGAGCAGCUGCGACGGCAUCUUCCCCUACUUCCUGGCCCUGUCUGUCAUCACUUCCUUCAUCAUCUCCCUGGGGGGGACCCCUGGUUAUAUGCUACUCAUCAGGUGCAUUAAGCCACAGCUGAAGUCUCUUGCAUUGGGGCUCUACACGCUCGCCACUCGAACCCUCGCUGGGAUACCUGCCCCCAUCUAUUUCGGUGCAUUCAUUGACACCACCUGCCUGAAGUGGGGACAGAAGAGGUGUGGCGGCCCUGGAGCGUGCCGAAUAUACAACACGACAGCCUACAGGAUAGUGUAUCUUGGCCUGACACUGGGCCUGCGGACCAUCUCCUUCUUCCCGUGCAUCCUGGGCUUUCUGUUGCUGAGGAGGCACAUGCAGCGGGAGCAGCGGCAGCAAGCGCUGAGCAACGGUGGGACGGAGACCGAGUGCCUCAGGAAAGAGGAGAACCACUCGCUGCAGUGCGAGCAGCUCCUGCGGACUCUGGAGUGCAACCCCAACAGGGAGACACGGCUGUGAUGGUCAGCACCAUCAACGCUCCUCUGUGUAAAUCUCUCUUGAAUAUUUUGUUUGUUUGUUUGUUUUUUUUGUUUUUUUCUGAACUUAUGAAAGAAAGCCACCCAGUGGCCAUUCUGUACACACAUGCAGAGCAACAUUUUUAUAUAUUUGUACUGGACUCAUGUAGAUUUAUGUAAAAUAACAACAGAUGUGUUUAAAAAAAUAAUGAUUGAAACUCUUUAAUGUAUAUGCUGUGGUUUUCAAUGGAUUUUCUGCCUAUUUUUAGAAACAAUCAAAUUGUUAUUUGUUUGUUUUUGUUUUUUUUAUUGAGUAUUUUGUAAAUGUGUUUGAUGUAGAUGCUGAUGUUUUUUAUAUUUGGAAGACCAUGUACAGGGUAUAGUUUUAACUUACUAAAGAUGUGACAAAUAUUUUUCCUGUCAAAGAUCAAUUCAUGCAAUAGUCUGCUAAAUAUCUCCUUAUUCUAUAGGUUGUACUUUGUGACCCCUUUUCCAGCGUCCCUGCAAAGCCUUAAACAGGGUUUAAACACCCACAAGGAUAAGGGUUAUGAUGCACUGGAUGAGUCAUAGCUGUUCCCUAAUCUAAAAACACAAACUGUGUCAUGUGGAGGUUGAACCACAAGGUGAAAUAUUUACAGUGAAUACUUUCUCAUCCAGCCACAGCACCUUGUGUUUAGCCCCAGAAUGUUAACAAGCUGCGUGAGAGGUUCAUAACUUCUUAUGUCAGCUGAGCUUUACGCCGAGAGAGCAAGGGAGGGUCUUGGUCUGUUUAUAUUUAUUUAUAUUUCUGUCAUAUGGACGGAAUGCGGAGCAUUCUCCUAUGUUGUGAUUCCUGUUGGGUGUUCCCAUUUAGCCCUUUAGCAAACACUAGGAAAGUCUGGAUUUUCAGUCCACCUAUUUAUAACAUAUAUCAAAACAACCUUUGAAGUAUUGCUACAUGUUUCUGGUUGUGUGUGUGUGUGUGUGUGUGUGUGUGUGUGUGUGUGUGUGUGUGUGUGUGUGUGUGUGUGUGUGU